GCACAACCACUCAAGAUGCAUCCAGGUGUCCUGACUGCCUUCCUUCUCUUGUGCUGGACUCAAUGCCAGUCCCUGCCCCUUCCCAACGGUGAGGAUGAGGAUGACACGUCUGAGGAAGACCUCCAAUUUGCAGAGCGCUACCUGAGAUCAUUCUACCACCCCGUGAAUCUCGCAGGAAUCCUGAAGAAGAAUGCGGCAAGCUCCAUGGUUGAUAGGCUCCGAGAGAUGCAGUCCUUUUUUGGCUUGGAGGUGACUGGCAAACUAGACGAUAACACCUUAGAUGUCAUGAAAAAACCAAGAUGUGGGGUCCCUGAUGUGGGUGAAUACAAUGUCUUCCCUCGGACCCUCAAAUGGUCCAAAAUGAAUUUAACCUACAGAAUUGAAAAUUACACCCCUGAUAUGCCUCAUUCUGAAGUAGAAAAGGCAUUCAAAAAAGCCUUCAAAGUUUGGUCAGAUGUGACUCCUCUGAAUUUUACCAGAAUGCAUGAUGGCACUGCUGAUAUCAUGAUCUCUUUUGGAACGAAAGAGCAUGGAGACUUCUACCCAUUUGAUGGACCCUCCGGUCUGCUGGCUCAUGCUUUUCCUCCUGGACCAAAUUAUGGAGGAGAUGCCCAUUUUGAUGAUGAUGAAACCUGGACAAGUAGUUCCAAAGGCUACAACUUGUUUCUUGUUGCUGCCCAUGAAUUUGGCCACUCCUUAGGUCUUGACCACUCCAAGGACCCAGGAGCACUCAUGUUUCCCAUCUAUACCUACACUGGCAAAAACCACUUUGUGCUUCCCGAUGAUGACGUACAGGGAAUCCAGACUCUCUACGGUCCAGGAGAUGAAGACCCCAACCCUAAACAUCCCAAAACGCCAGACAAAUGUGACCCCUCCUUAUCCCUUGAUGCUAUUACCAGUCUCCGAGGAGAAACGAUGAUCUUUAAAGACAGAUUCUUCUGGCGCCUGCAUCCACAGCAGGUUGACGCAGAGUUGUUUCUGACGAAAUCAUUUUGGCCAGAACUUCCCAACCGUAUUGACGCUGCCUAUGAGCACCCCUCACGUGACCUUAUCUUCAUCUUUAGAGGUAGAAAAUUUUGGGCUCUCAAUGGUUAUGACAUUAUGGAAGGCUAUCCCCAAAAAAUAUCUGAACUGGGGUUUCCAAAAGAGGUAAAGAAGAUAAGUGCAGCUGUUCACUUUGAGGACACAGGCAAGACUCUCUUCUUCUCGGGAAACCAGGUCUGGAGCUAUGAUGAUACUAACCAUGUUAUGGAUAAAGACUACCCCAGAUUCAUAGAAGAGGUCUUCCCAGGAAUUGGUGAUAAAGUGGAUGCUGUCUACGAGAAAAACGGUUACAUCUAUUUUUUCAAUGGACCCAUACAGUUUGAAUUUAGCGUCUGGAGUAAACGUAUUGUCCGAGUCAUGACAGCAAAUUCUCUAUUGUGGUGUUAAGUGUCUUUUAAACGUUGUUAUUUAAAUCCUGAAGCACAUCUGGGAUAAUACUUCCAGAAGUUUGGGAGUGGGAGGGAGAGGGAAGAGACAUCAGGGGAAAGCUUAGUUCUGUGAACAAGCUGCCGUAAGUUAUCAUGGAAUAUGUAGUAUCUCUAUUACUAUGCGUGGCUGGAACCACAUUGAAGAGUUUUAAAGUUAUGACACAGAGGGACUCUGAGGAGCGCCUGAUUUUUGAGUGCUUUAGAGAAGCAAGGGUCGAUGAGUUUCCCACACCCAAAAUGAGACCUAUGGUGAGGUCAAGAACAUUUAAAAUGUGUGUAUAUGGAAACUUCACAAAGGCAUAAACGUAAAUCACAUUUAUAGGAUCAAUGAAUCAUCCUUACUAAACAGUAUAAUAUAGCAUGAAAAUGGAGUUUGGGGAGCAUACAGCUAUACAUACAUAUAGAUCAAUAAAAGGGAAGUGUGUGUGAUAAAUAGAUUGUAGGCAACUUUCCAAAGAAGUGAUAUCUGUUUUGC